AUGGCAGCCAUAACCGAAAACAGCAGCAAGAGAAAGCUGCAAGACGACGACGAACCCCGGAAGAAGGCGAAGAAGCAGCGGAAGCAGAAGAAAUUGAGGGAGGAUGAAGAAGAUCUUGAUGUUGAAGCCGGCCUGAACAGAGCGUUUGAGCGGAUGGACGGUCAGCUUGUUGCGGACCACAUCGCGCAGAAGACACGCCGCUUCGGAACCGAUUUGAGCCCGGUCGAGCUGACCGAUCUAUACAUAUCUGCGAACUCAAUUCUGGACACCACCUCAUGGCAGAAGCCGCGGUCUCUUGAGAACUUGCCAGGGUUCCUAGAGGCGUUUACCACAGAGCCGGCGAAGCUUUCCCAAGCAUCGAAGGCGACCGGAUCGCCACAUACCCUCGUCGUGGCCGGGGCUGGCCUUCGCGCGGCAGAGCUCGUGAGAGCCGUGAGGAAGUUCCAAAAGAAGGACGCCUCCGUGGCGAAGCUGUUUGCAAAACAUUUCAAGGUCGAAGAACAGGUUUCCUUCCUCAAGAAGAGCCGCACCGGGAUCGCUGUUGGCACACCCCAACGGCUGAUUGAUCUGAUUGAGAACGAUGCCCUAUCUCUUGAAAAUUUGAACCGGAUCGUUGUAGAUGCUUCGCAUAUCGACCAAAAAAAGCGAGGAAUCGUGGACAUGAGAGAAACAAUGAUGCCUCUUGCGAAGCUGUUGUGUAGGGCAGCUUUGAAGACGAGGUAUGAAGAUGGUGUAGAGAACCAUAUCGACUUAAUGUUUUACUGA